CCGUCGAAGUUCUUCUAGGCUAAGCUUUGAGUAUUUAAUAAUGACGCGACUAUACCUGAUCGAUCGUCAAGGUAAAGAUUCACAGAUAGAAUGGGUAGCCAUGGAGAAGAAGACUGCAGGGAAAAAGAGCUCAAGGCUUUUGAUGAGACAAAAGCCGGCGUUAAAGGUUUGGUAGAUGCUGGGAUUGUGAAUAUCCCCAGGAUCUUCGUUCGGCCACCGGAUGAGCUCUCCCACGACUUAAAUCGCCGUCACGUCGACUACCAAGUUCCAGUAAUCGACUUUGAUGGCGUACAUGGCGACCGGCAUAAGGUUAUCGUUGACCAAAUGAAGUCUGCGUCGGAGAGUUGGGGCUUCUUUCAAGUUGUGAAUCAUGGGAUCCCCCUGCAAAUUCUGGAAGACAUGAUCAAAGGGAUAACUAGAUUUCAUGAAGGAGAUGCUGAGAUGAAGAAGCAGUUCUACACGCGUGAUAGAACAAGAAGGGUUAGAUUCAACAGCAACUAUGAUUUGUAUAAUUCAAAAGCAGCCAGUUGGAGAGAUACAUUAACUAUUACGUUGCCUUCCGGUGAUUUGGAUCCCAAAGAAUUACCACCAGAUUGCAGAGAGUGUAGCAUUGAGUAUCUAAAGCAUGUGAAGAAGUUGGGACAUAAUUUGUUCAACUUAUUAUCAGAGGCAUUGGGACUAAAACCUGAGCAUUUAAUAGGGCUAGAAUGUGGCAGAGGACGUACAGUUGUAUGUCACUAUUACCCACCAUGUCCGCAGCCAGGGCUUACCUUGGGAGCUACAAAGCACUCUGAUCCUUCUUUCCUGACAAUUCUUCUGCAAGACCAAAUCGGUGGUCUUCAAGUUCUCCAUCAAAAUCAAUGGGUUGAUGUUCAACCCAUUCCUGGAGCCUUAAUAGUCAACAUUGGAGACUUUCUCCAGGUUAUCUCGAAUGAUAAGUUGAAGAGCGUUGAACACAGUGUGAUUGCCAAAAGAGUUGGUCCCAGAAUUUCUAUUGCAUGCUUUUUUAUUGGAGAACCUCUAAAGGUUUAUGGCCCAAUCAAAGAGCUUUUAUCAGAAAAUAAUGCUCUUCGUUAUAGGGAUUUUACAAUAAGUGAAUAUUUUGCCACCUUUUACUCCACUGGACUCGAUGUAAUGCGGAGCAUUAAUGUACUCAAGCUUUAAUGUUUGAGAUUAGAAAACGCAAAUAAUUAAGUAAUGGAGAAUUUUCUCUUAACAAAUAUUUUACCUUAUGGAUCACUGUUAAAUUGUGUCA